AUGGAGGAGAAACUUAACAAUGAAGAUAAUGAGGAAGUUACUGACAAGUCUCUGCCCAUAAUAUUUGUGGAUCGUGAUAGUAUCAGGUUACAUAAUAAUAAUGCAUUUACAAAACCUUAG